AUGGCCCAAGCCCCCCUUCCACCCACCGUCAUCGCCCAAAAACAAUCUUUCCUCGCUACCCAGGCUCGUCUGCUCUCCCGACCCCUGCAACCCUCUCGUGCAUGGCUCGCCGCCAACGAGGCCGCCGAGUCCUCCAUCCCGGACCCCGUCGUCGAGCACGUCGCCGCCCGCCUCAACACGACCUUGCUGCAGCACUCGCGACGCGCCUACUCUCACCAAGCGAGCCGUCACGUCGCCGAGCAGAUUGACGCGUUGUACCUAUCUCAACUGUCGGCCGCGCGAAGUGACUCCUCCGAGGGUCUAUCCCUUUCUUUGGACCUGUCCGAAGAGACUGCCGUAAGGUCGCUUCCCUUGGCAUGGCCAGCCGGGCGUGAUGCAACUAGCUUUCCUAUGGAAGCCAAAAGGUACGCUGAAGUCGCUGGCCGCUUGAAAGAACUCGCCGAGAAGAGGCAGCACACCAGAGCUCGUGUUGAACGGCUACGGCGCAUGAAGGCACUACUUGAUCCCUUCCGCACCGGAGAUGCCGGCGCGGGUGUGCAAGAGAAUCUCGUCACCCGCGAUGGCGAGAUUGAAAAGGAGAUGGAAAAGAUGCGUGCCCUGCUGGCUCGUGUAGGUGGUCGUGUAGGACUUCUACCCAAGUCCGCCGAGUCUGCAGACCUGCUCAAAGAGGGCAACUCCUUGAUUGUAGAGCCUGUAGCUACAGGAGAGAAGCGCAAACUUGACGACCUUCUCGGCAGCUUCUGA